GGUGCGCUCGUGCGAGCGACGGGCGGGUUUGGUUGCGCAGUCCUCCGGCGCCUGUGAGAGGGAGCCGGGCGGCUCGUCCCCCGCCCUCCCGGUUGGCGAGACUGUGGCGGCGGCUGAGGGGGCGGAAACGACGGUUAAGGCAGGAGCCGGCGCGGGAGGAGAUGGUGCGUCCCUCGGAGGCGGUGGCCUUUACCGCCGCUCCGGCUGCCGCUGCCUCCCCGUCCUUGCCUUUGGUGUGAAGAGGACGCCCGAGACCCGGCAGAGAUGAGACAUCAUUUAGCAAGAGAAAGUGAAAGUUGAUUGAACCAUGGCUCAGUUUCCAACACCUUUUGGGGGCAACCUGGACAUAUGGGCUGUAACUGUGGAUGAGAGAGCUAAGCAUGAUCAACAGUUCCACAGUUUGAAACCAGUAUCUGGAUUUAUCACUGGGGAUCAAGCCAGGAACUUUUUUUUCCAGUCUGGGUUACCUCAACCAGUUUUAGCACAGAUAUGGGCUCUUGCAGAUAUGAACAAUGAUGGAAGGAUGGAUCAGCUGGAGUUUUCUAUAGCUAUGAAGCUUAUCAAACUAAAACUGCAAGGUUAUCAGCUCCCUUCUGUAUUACCUCCUAUUAUGAAACAGCCUCCCCUUGCAAUUUCUAAUGCAUCUGGAUUUGGGAUUGGUGGUCUUCCCAGUAUGCCACCUCUAACAGCUGUUGCUCCUGUGCCAAUGGCGUCCAUUCCCAUAGUUGGAAUGUCUCCACCUUUAGUAUCUUCUGUUCCUACAGCAGCUGUCCCCCCUCUUGCCAAUGGAGCACCUGCUGUUAUCCAGCCUCUGCCCACUUUUGGUCAUCCUGCCACAUUGCCAAAGAGUUCUUCCUUCAGUAGAUCUGGGGCAGGGUCUCAGUUAAAUGCAAAAUUGCAAAAGGCACAAUCUUUGGAUGUUGCUGGGACAUCUCCUGCAGCAGAAUGGGCUGUUCCACAGUCAUCAAGAUUAAAAUAUAGGCAGCUGUUCAAUAGUCAUGAUAAAACCAUGAGUGGACACUUAACAGGUCCACAAGCGAGAACUAUCCUUAUGCAAUCAAGCUUACCACAAACCCAGCUGGCUACAAUUUGGAAUCUUUCAGACAUUGACCAGGAUGGAAAAUUGACAGCAGAAGAGUUCAUUUUGGCUAUGCACUUAAUCGACAUGGCUAUGUCAGGCCAGCCACUGCCACCCGUGUUGUCUCCUGAAUAUAUUCCUCCCUCAUUUAGAAGGGCUCGUUCUGGCAGUGGUGUGUCUGUCACAAGUUCAGUGUCAGUGGACCAAAGGUUACCAGAAGAACCAGUAUUAGAAGAAGAACAGCAACAGCUGGAAAAGAAAUUGCCUGUUACAUUUGAAGAUAAAAAACGUGAGAACUUUGAACGGGGCAAUCUGGAACUUGAAAAGAGAAGGCAAGCCCUUUUGGAGCAGCAGAGAAAAGAGCAAGAGCGCCUGGCCCAGUUAGAAAGGGCAGAGCAGGAGAGGAAAGAACGGGAACGACAAGAACAGGAACGGAAAAGACAGCUGGAGUUAGAGAAACAGCUAGAAAAACAACGUGAGUUGGAACGACAAAGGGAAGAAGAAAGGAGGAAAGAAAUAGAAAGACGCGAGGCUGCAAAGAGGGAACUUGAGAGGCAAAGACAACUUGAGUGGGAACGCAAUCGACGGCAAGAGCUCCUGAAUCAAAGGAACAAAGAACAAGAGGAUAUAGUUGUUCUGAAAGCCAAGAAGAAAACUUUAGAAUUUGAAUUGGAAGCUCUAAAUGAUAAAAAGCAUCAGUUGGAAGGUAAACUGCAGGAUAUCAGAUGCCGACUGUCUACCCAAAGACAAGAAAUUGAGAGCACAAACAAAUCUAGAGAACUAAGAAUAGCAGAAAUUACACAUUUGCAACAGCAGCUACAAGAAUCUCAGCAGCUACUUGGAAGGCUAAUUCCAGAAAAACAGUUACUUAAUGAUAAUUUAAAACAGGUUCAACAAAAUAGUUUGCACAGAGAUUCGCUUCUCACAGUCAAAAGAGCCUUAGAAGUGAAGGAAUUAGCCCGCCAGCAGCUUCGUGACCAGUUAGAUGAAGUAGAGAAAGAAACCAGAUCAAAACUUCAAGAGAUUGAUAUUUUCAAUAAUCAGCUAAAGGAGCUGAGGGAGAUACAUAAUAAGCAGCAGCUGCAGAAGCAGAAAAGCAUAGAAGCUGACAAGCUAAAACAAAAGGAGCAAGAGAAGAAGACAGAAAUGGAAAAACAAAAAGAUAGUCAGAGAAGAAUCCAAGAACGGGAGAGACAGUGGCUUGAUAGAAUUCAGCAGGAAGAAGAACAUCAGAGGCCAAGAAAAUUUCAAGACGAAGAAAAGCAAAAAUGGGAAGAAUUAAGCAAGAAAAAAGAAUAUGAUGACAAGAACAAACUGGAAGUACAAGAAAAGUUGAAUAAGCUUUUUCAUCAACAUAAAGAUCCAGCAAAGCUGGCUAUCCAAGCUCCUUGGUCAACUGCAGAAAAGGGUCCACUGACAAUUUCUGCUCAGGAAGAUGUAAAAAUAGUAUAUUAUCGAGCACUAUAUCCUUUUGAAUCCCGAAGCCAUGAUGAAAUCACUAUCCUGCCAGGAGACAUCAUAAUGGUGGAUGAAAGCCAAACCGGAGAACCUGGAUGGCUUGGGGGUGAACUGAAAGGGAAAACUGGAUGGUUUCCUGCAAACUAUGCAGAAAGAAUUUCUGAAAGUGAAACUUCAAAUUCUGUAAAGCCAGUUAUUGACUCUACAGUUGCCCCUAAAGUUUCAGUGCGUGAAACCCCAACAACACCUGUGGCACCACCUCUCCCUGCAGACUCAAGUACUACUGCCAACAACUGGGCAGACUUCAGUUCAACAUGGCCAGCAAGUACUAGUGAUAAGCAAGAGACAGAUAACUGGGAUGCCUGGGCAGCCCAGCCUUCCCUUACUGUACCAAGUGCAGGACAGCUGAGGCAGAGAUCUGCCUUCACCCCCGCCACUGUCACUGGAUCUUCUCCUUCUCCAGUUUUGGGUCAGGGUGAAAAAGUGGAGGGACUUCAAGCUCAAGCCCUGUAUCCUUGGAGAGCCAAGAAGGACAACCAUCUUAAUUUUAACAAGAAUGAUAUAAUCACGGUAUUAGAGCAGCAAGAUAUGUGGUGGUUUGGAGAGGUUCAAAAUCAAAAGGGAUGGUUUCCUAAAUCAUAUGUGAAGCUUAUUUCAGGUCCUAUAAGGAAAUCAACAAGCAUGGAUUCUGGCUCUUCAGAAAGCCCUGCGAAUCUGAAGAGAGCAUCACCAGUUACAAAAUCUGCUGUAUCAGGAGAAGAUUAUAUUGCCAUGUACACGUAUGAGAGCUCAGAACAAGGCGACUUAACUUUUCAACAAGGGGAUUUAAUUCUCGUGACUAAGAAGGAUGGAGACUGGUGGACAGGAACACUGGGUGAAAAAUCAGGAGUGUUUCCCUCUAACUAUGUCAGACUGAAAGAUUCUGAGGUGCCUGGAACUGCUGGAAAAACAGGAAGUUUAGGCAAGAAACCUGAAAUUGCUCAGGUUAUUGCCUCGUACACGGCAACUGGUCCUGAACAGCUUACACUUGCCCCUGGUCAGCUGAUUCUUAUCAGAAAGAAGAAUCCUGGUGGAUGGUGGGAAGGAGAGCUUCAAGCUCGAGGGAAAAAAAGGCAGAUAGGUUGGUUUCCUGCUAAUUAUGUGAAACUCUUAAGUCCUGGUACUAGUAAAACAACACCAACUGAGCCACCUAAAUCAACAGCAUUACCUUCAGUGUGCCAAGUAAUUGGCAUGUAUGACUACAUUGCACAGAAUGAUGAUGAACUGGCAUUCAACAAAGGCCAGAUCAUUAACGUCCUUAAUAAGGAAGACCCUGACUGGUGGAAAGGAGAAGUGAAUGGGCAAGUGGGUCUCUUCCCAUCCAACUAUGUGAAACUGACAACAGAUAUGGACCCAAGCCAGCAAUGGUGUGCUGAUUUGCAUCUCCUGGACAUGUUGACUCCUACUGAAAGGAAACGGCAGGGAUAUAUCCAUGAACUACUUGUAACAGAAGAAAACUAUGUGAAUGACCUACAGUUAGUAACAGAGAUUUUCCAGAAACCACUGAUGGAUUCAGAGCUGUUGACAGAAAAGGAAGGUGCUAUGAUUUUUGUAAAUUGGAAAGAGCUAAUUAUGUGCAAUAUUAAACUACUGAAGGCACUGCGUGUUCGUAAGAAAAUGUCUGGAGAAAGGAUGCCAGUAAAAAUGAUAGGAGAUAUCCUGACAGCACAGCUUCCACACAUGCAGCCUUACAUUAGAUUCUGUAGCUGUCAGCUUAAUGGGGCAGCCCUUAUCCAGCAGAAAACAGAUGAAGUUCCCGAGUUCAAGGAAUUUGUUAAAAGAUUAGCUAUGGACCUUCGCUGCAAAGGGAUGCCCUUGUCAAGCUUUCUGCUAAAGCCUAUGCAACGAGUAACACGAUAUCCUUUAAUAAUUAAAAAUAUAUUAGAAAAUACUCCUGAAAACCACCCAGAUCACAGCCAUUUGAAGCAUGCUUUGGAGAAAGCAGAGGAACUUUGUUCUCAGGUCAAUGAAGGCGUACGUGAGAAGGAGAAUUCAGACAGACUUGAAUGGAUCCAGGCUCAUGUUCAGUGUGAAGGAUUAUCUGAGCAACUUGUUUUUAAUUCUGUUACAAACUGUUUGGGGCCACGCAAAUUUCUACACAGUGGUAAACUCUAUAAGGCCAAGAGCAACAAGGAACUGUAUGGCUUUCUGUUCAACGACUUCCUGCUGCUGACACAGAUAAUAAAACCUCUUGGUUCAUCUGGCACAGAUAAGGUUUUUAGCCCCAAGUCAAAUCUGCAGUAUAAAAUGUACAAAACUCCCAUAUUUUUGAAUGAGGUCUUGGUUAAACUACCCACAGAUCCCUCUGGAGAUGAACCUAUCUUUCAUAUCUCACACAUUGAUCGAGUCUACACACUCCGUGCGGAAAGUAUAAAUGAAAGGACGGCUUGGGUUCAGAAAAUCAAAGCAGCUUCGGAACUGUACAUAGAAACAGAGAAGAAGAAAAGAGAAAAGGCAUAUUUAGUCCGAUCUCAGAGGGCAACUGGUAUUGGAAGGCUAAUGGUUAACAUUGUUGAAGGUAUUGAACUGAAGCCAUGCAGAUCCCAUGGAAAAAGUAACCCGUAUUGUGAGGUGACGAUGGGCUCUCAAUGUCACAUCACCAAGACUAUACAAGACACCCUCAACCCUAAGUGGAAUUCUAACUGCCAGUUCUUUAUCAAAGAUUUAGAACAGGAUGUCCUCUGUAUAACGGUGUUUGAGAGGGAUCAGUUCUCCCCAGAUGACUUCUUGGGACGAACAGAAAUCCGGGUAGCAGAUAUUAAGAAAGAUCAGGGCUCAAAGGGACCAGUUACAAAAUGUCUCCUCCUGCAUGAAGUUCCAACAGGAGAGAUAGUUGUCCGGCUGGAUUUGCAGCUGUUUGAUGAACCUUGAAAAGGAGAUUUUCCGUUAAAACUGCAGUCAUUGCAAUAGGUGUUUACAGAAUCUGUCUAGGAAUUCUUAUACAUUUUAUAUGAGACAAACACUGGUCAAAAAGAUUAUAAAAACCACAAUGGUAAGAAUACUCUUUGUAUCUUGGUAAUCCUUGAAGAAAACCUAAUUUCUACUUUAUGAGGAAAAUGUUAAGUUCUAUUUUUGUUUUCUUUUUCUGUGGACUUUUUUGCUGUAGUUUUCAGGAUGUAACAGUCUGACCCGGACAUGUAAAAUAAAACACACCUCCUUUUGGUUACUGCAGUAUGCAGGUUUUUGAAAGCUCUCUGUAAAUUUCCCCUAGAAAUGUUGUGCCUAUUGCCCCACAGAGUGGUGUAUAAAUGUGUAUAUAUUUAUACAGAAAAUACAUAUAACAUAAAUUCUUGCCAUGUAAGAUAUUGGGAUUUCUUUUAGGGAGUUUGUGACAAAUAUUUGAAUUUUUGUUUUUUUUAAGAAAUGAAAACUUGUCUCAAGAAGGAUAGUAUAAUGAUACUAAGUUUAAAUGACUGGUGUCCAGUGUGUGAUGCUUUCACAAGCUGAACUGAAGAUUUCGGUUGCAAAGAAACAAAUGCUUUGUGAAUUAAAGUCUGAGUUACUGGUCCAAGACACUUUAUCCUGUUUGGUUACCGAAGCUCCCUUUGAUUUUGAAUGGAACUGAUGCUUUUUGCUUGUCACCUGCAUCAGAAUAUUUUUCACCCCAACUGAUUAGUCAGCAUCGUCACAUCAGUUCUUUUUGCAGUUGUUUCCAGUGGGUAUGUAAAUGACUGUUACUGAAAUUAACAAAAAAUGACUGAGUCCUGCUGUGUGUUGUACUGUACCACUAACAUUAAACUACUGCUGGAUUAUGAAAAAGCUGGAAAGGAAGUGAUUCCUCUGGCUCAUUUGCUAUGCAGGCAAGCCUGAAAAAGCAGCCCGAAGGAACGACUGUGUUGUACUGUGUGCAAAUAGACUGGGCACCCUGGUCUGUUAAGGAGUGGUGAUAGCUCUUCGAGGUGAUGGCUGCUAUCCUCGUUCAAUGUCAAGUUGUCAGUUCCACUAAUAAGUGUGACAGGAUUCUGCAAAGACAUCUCAAAGUUAAAUGAGUAUAUAUUGCAUACGUAAGGAUUUCUGCACUGUACUGCAUAGGAAUUUUUGCUCAGCAAAGUCCUUUGAACAGGGGAAGCAUGUUGUUUAGAACUCUGCUGAAGCAGGAACAGUGUCAAUGAUAGGCAUUGUGGUGAUCAUUUUGGUACCAAUUCCAUUCGUUGUCAUUUCCAGACCUUUCAUUUGGAUUCCCAAGGAUCAUGCAUAAAUGGGUAUAUUUGUAAUGACUUUCAGAAUGGGAAGUGUUGACUGUCCGAUUAGCAUGUCAUUAUUCCUGUAAGAUGUGUUGGCUUUGCUGCUGUGUGCAUGUUUCGGUACCAGUUUCCAUGUUUCCUGUAGAGAUGGUGUUCUCUAGCACAGAAACUGUUUUUUGAUAUCCAUUAGGAAAUUAAGGUAACGAUAGGUAGCUACAGUCUGGUGACAAGUGUAAACUGUGCUUGAAAAUGUCUGUGUACUAUUAUUUCCAAGGAGACCACUAUCUUAUUUUCAGCAAUUGUUUUUUAAAAAUCCUGUUUGUUGGAAAGACAAAAAAGUUUACAUUUCAUACUUUUAAGAAUUGCUUUAUUAUUUAUUUAUUGAAGAUAGUGUAGAAUUUUGUAUCAAAUGACAUACAUGUAUUUUUUUGAACAAAGACAAACUUCAGUUAGAAACUUUUGACUGACCAAGUUUUAGAGGAAGUUUAACUUACAGGUAUGCAGUUGUUUACCACUGACUGGCUGAAAAACAAUUUAAAAAUGAAGUUAAGUUUCUAUUUUUCAAUGUUAUAAAAAUGUUAGAAUUAAAGUAUGUAAAUAGAACAAAACCCACAUUUUCUUUUUUUUCCCAUAUCAGUACAUUUUAUGAAAUAUAAUGUAUAUGAAAAUAACACGUUGUAGAGGAAAAAAGGUACAAAUACUUCUAUUGGUAGGAAAACAAUAUUAAAUGUCAAUGUUCUAACCUUUUUUGGCUGCUGUUCUUUUACUCAAGACUUAUGAGCUGAAUGUAAUUGUGUUUGUUAAAAAAUAGUUAUGAUGGUGAAAUAAAUUGAAUCAAUGUAACAAUAUAA